AUGGCGCCCAGAGUGGGCUUCGGCAGCUUCUUGCUGAUCUUGGGCAUCGUCCUGGUGCUCAUGCCUGGCAAAGUGGCAGCGUUCGGAGCUGGCAACAUCCCAUCCAUCGCACAAGUCGAGGGUGUCAACUGGCGACAUGGCGACAUCGAGGACAUGCUCAAAACCAUCACCUUUCUGCACGGCAAGAAAUGGACAACACUUCUGGUUCAAAGGACUUACUUUGGCAACUGGCUUCGCGAUUACUCCCAGGCCGUGGACGUCGGCAGUCUGAAGGGUGUCAAUGCUGCGACUAUCCGCAUCCUCGUCUGGGUUCUGUCCUUCCUGGCCAACGGAUAUGCGACCGAAGAGUUCGAGGUCACAGAGGAGCGCCUUGGCGUAUACAGGCCAGAAGAGCACAUCGAUAACCCACUUGGCUAUGCUGAUGGAAAGGAUGCGCGCGAGUUCGACAAGCGCCUGCGUGGCCCGGUGUCGCCAGAGGAAACCGAGAUCGAUCCUAGAACCGGAAUGAAAAACUACAUCGCUAAUGAGUCUGGCGGCUGGGCCACCAGUGCCGGAUAUCUUCGUUUCAGUUUUGCGCGCUGCAUUCAUUAUGGCAGACUCUAUACCAGCGGAUCUUCCCGCAAAGGUUCUGAAGAUGAUCUCUGUGAGGCGCUGCGGUGCCUGGGUCAAGCUCUGCAUUGCAUGGAGGACUUUGCGGCUCACAGCAACUACUGCGAGCUGGCGCUUCGCGAGAUGGGCUUCCAUGAAGUCUUUGCUCACUGUGGUACUCAAACGGAGAUCAACUUGAAGGGCAAACAUGUCUACCCCCUAGUGACGGGAACGUUUGGUGGUGUAGAUUUCUUGCAUUCCGUCCUCGGAGAGGCCAACGACCAUUUCACCCAGUCCGAGGUUGAUGAGCUGGAUAUUGCAUUGAAGAACGCAGAGGCAGCGAGCAAGGGCGGCGCAGGUGGCACACGUGGAUUCGGUGGCAGCAGUGGCUCCAUGGACUUCAUCUCUCUGGUCGGUCAAUUGCCGGUCAUUGGUAGUGGAUUCGCUUCCGAGGCUCGCGACUUGCAGCGUGCGGCUGAGCAGCAAGAUGAAGAGAACCAAUACAGGUCCCGUGGAGAUCCAAGCCGAGCAAAUGUGAACCAAAUACCAGGCAUGAGUGCCGAUUUCGACCCUGUCAAGACCGCUGCACGUAUCUAUCCCAUACUUCAAUUCAGGGACAAAAUCGUCAAGGCUAUCAACAGGGGUAUUGCCAAGAUUCCUGGUCUGGAAGGUAUUUUGGAGCACAUCAGCGAGACGUUGACGGCCUUUGUCUUAGGUUUACUCGCCCCUUUCAUCAGACCAAUCAUCACCCAACUCACAAAGGUCUUGAAGGAUGGUUCGUCUGGUGUCAUCGCUUCCAGCGCCAAUUCUCAGCUCGAGCCAUGGAAAAACCCCAACUGCACCGAUCCAACACACUCUAUGCUUAGCAAGGAUCAUUUCACCAACAUCCUCAACUCUUGCGCGGGUAGAGUUUCGGCCACCGUCCUGCAAUAUGUCGUACCACGUGUGCUCUAUGCCUGGGAAAAUACUAAUGUACCAGUGAACGAGGUCGUCAACGAUGUUGUUCGCGCGUUCCACCAUCCCGCGAUCCGCGACGAGGGCGUCGAGAUUCAGCGCGACAUGUUCAAAACGGUCAAAAAGUGGGUAGACGAAUACCCGCGCCGUCAUGAACUGAACCAUAUCCUCGGCUCGGCCAGCGUCAAGAAUGGCAAGAACCAUAUCUUGGCCAACGCUAGUAAGGGCCACUCCCACGGAGGCGGCAUCUUCGACAAUGGUGUCGGUAACUUUGGCGGCGGCACGGGCCAUGGCCACCCCGCCGGCAGUCUGUGGAGUCAGCUGCAGACAAGAGAUCUCGAUGCCAUGGGUGUUGGCGCUGGAAGCGGUGUUGGCUAUAUGGGAGCCGCAUCACCACAACCCUCGUCUACUCCCUUUCAAUAUGGAGGCCCCCCGCAGCAGUAUGGUGGCGGCGGCCAGUACGGCGGCCAACAACAGCAACAAUGGGGUGGUCCACCCGGUGGUCCUCCCGGUGGUCCUCCCGGUGGUCCUCCGCCUGGCUAUGGGCCACCUCCGGGACAAUGGGGCGGUCCACCCGGACCACCACCUCCCCAGGGUUAUCCGGGUCCCGGAUAUGGCCAGGGACCUCCGCAGCAAGGCCACUCGGGAUACCCAGGGCAGCAGCACGGACAUCAAGGCUAUCCAGGGCAGCAUGGAGGUGGCGGUUACGGAUACUAG